AUGAGGAGAGUGCGGACCUGGAGGGUGGCGGACGAGAUUGAAACUUUGUCGGAUCAUCUCAUGAUAGAGAUGGAACUGUCCGUCACCCCCAAUGGCCUGCGGCCAGAUCAAAGGAAGGAAUCCCGACCUGGAAGAUGGUCACUUAUCCAGUUAAACAAAGAGAUCCUAGAGAUCUCUUUGGAGGGCUCCACCUGGCCACGACGAAAGAAGGGGCAGGACCUUGACUCUGAGGUCAUGGAGGUUAUGGACAUACUCGCACAGGCGUGCGAUGCCUCCAUGCCCAGAGUCAGGUCCUGCUCGAAGCAAUCCGCCUGGUGGUGGUCCGACGAGAUAACCGAGUUAAGGCGCAGAUCGGUCCACGCCAGGCGGACGUUUCGAAGGGAGCGGAACAAUCGAAUCCCGAACCCUGAGGCCGCCCGGCCGGAAUUCUGCAAAGCGGCUGUGGAAUUAAGAGAAGCCAUUGGGGCGGCUAUAUAG